AUGUAUUGUCUGCAGUGGCUGAUACCAGUGCUCCUGAUUCCCAAACACUGGAUCCAUCCGAUAUUUCUCGUUGAGCAAGCGCUUUUUAUGUGGUUUUAUAUCGUCGGAUUCUUCCUAGAGAGGCGACCCUGUCACAUUUGCUCUGGAAUCUUCUUCAUCGCACUGGCCCUCAUUUGCUACUCGGACCCGGACAGCUGCAUUUUCUGGCCGACUUGCACGAAAAAGCUCAACGGCGAGGUGUGCAAUUACGUUUGGCGCGACCGGAUCGCUCCAUGA